AUGGCCAUUGAGGCAGACGAAGAUACCGUUAUGGGAGAAGCGGGCUCCCAUACUUCUCCCCAGGUCGCCUCGCACCAGCCCACCUCUCAACCUCUCUCUGGACAACUCAAUGGGCGAUCAGACCCCUGGCUGGCCCCUCCGCUUCUCGAGCAAUCCGUGAGGGUGCCAUUACCUGGUCAAUCAACCAACCUCCCGCCUCCCGAGUCGACAGACAGCCCGGGAGUGUCGCCGCCCAAGAGCCUGCCCAAAUCCAUUGACUCGGGUGAAAUGGAAGAUCCAUACAAGGAUGACAGCCUUGUCGAGGAGAACUCAGACUGGUCGGACGACGACGUGUGUGUCCGCACGGGCCUUCCCCUUGCCUCCCUCCCGUCGGGGCUCUGCUAUGAUGUCCAGAUGCGAUAUCACUGCGAAGUGCGCCCCACUGCAGACGUGCAUCCUGAAGAUCCCAGACGUAUCUACUACAUCUUCAAGGAGCUAUGUCGAGCGGGACUAGUGGAUGAUCCCGAGUCCUCGAGACCCCUUGUAGCGAGGCCCUUGAGUCGGAUCAACGCCCGGAACGCUACGGAGGACGAGAUCAGGCUGGUCCAUACUCCAGAUCACUUUGCUUUUGUCGAGAGUACUAAAGAUAUGUCGGAUGACGAACUCAUUGCUCUAGAACAUACGCGGGACUCUAUCUACUUUAAUACGCUGACCUUCGCAUCGUCCUUAUUAUCUGUUGGAGGAGCGAUUGAAACGUGUCUGGCCGUUGCUCGACGAGAGGUCAAGAAUGCUAUCGCAGUGAUUCGACCCCCGGGUCACCAUGCCGAGCACGAUAAAACGAUGGGAUUCUGUCUAUUUAACAAUGUGUCGGUUGCGGCUCGUGUGUGUCAGAAAGAGCUGGGUGAGGAUUGCAGAAAGAUUCUGAUUCUGGAUUGGGAUGUUCAUCAUGGAAACGGCAUUCAAAAAGCCUUCUACGAUGACCCCAAUGUCUUGUACAUCUCACUCCACGUGUACCAGGAUGGCAAAUUCUACCCAGGAGGCGAUGAAGGUGACUGGGGGCAUUGUGGAAAUGGCGCUGGCCUUGGACGGAAUGUCAAUAUCCCAUGGCCAAGCCAGGGUAUGGGUGAUGGCGAUUACAUGUACGCGUUCCAGCAAGUGGUGAUGCCGAUUGCGCAGGAAUUCAACCCUGAUCUAGUAAUAAUCGCCUCUGGGUUUGAUGCUGCUGUUGGAGACGAACUUGGAGGGUGUUUUGUGACACCGUCCUGCUACGCUCACAUGACGCACAUGCUUAUGACCCUUGCAAAUGGCAAGGUUUCCGUUUGCCUCGAGGGUGGAUAUAACUUCCGAUCAAUCUCCAAGUCGGCGCUUGCAGUCACGAAAACCCUCAUGGGUGAUCCACCCGAUCGCCUCCAUUCGACAUCCCCGUCGGAGCUUGCAACGUCCGCCGUGAGACGAGUCAUGAUGAUUCAAUCUCAUUACUGGAAAUGCAUGUAUCCUAAGGGUCCAGAGCACCAAGCGGUUUGGACUGAUAGACUUCAUGAUGUGAUUCGACAAUACCAAGCCAAACAUCUCUAUGACAACUACAAGCUCACCUCCCUGUACAUCUACCGGAACGGGAUUUCGAAAUCGUUCGAAAACCAAGUUCUGGCCAGCCCAAACUACUACCAGCACGUACCGCUGAUAGUGAUCUUCCAUGACCCACCCGAUAUUAUGGGCCUUCCCCAUCCCGUCACCAACAAGCUGGAAGCCCACAACACGUGGCUUGCUGAUGCUGUGAAGGACUAUGUUGCAUGGGCGACUUUUAAAGGAUACGCCGUGAUCGAUGUGAACAUACCGAAGCACGUGACAAAUGGACAAUCGUCCGGUAAAUACCAAGAUGAAGAUGCUAAUCGACCCACCGCCACCGAAGAAUUGGCUGGAUAUUUGUGGGAUAACUAUAUUGAACCCAACGAGUCCACCGAAGUUAUCUUCAUGGGAGUCGGCGACGCUUUCUUUGGGGUUGCCAAUCUCUUGAUCAACAGAGAUAAUCUCUACAAACGAGUCAACAGCGUUGUAUCCUUUGUAGCCGAAAACCCCGUCCGAGCGAUCGCCUCACCCACCCAAACCUGGCUAUCGAGAUGGUACAAAGAUAACUCGCUCGUAUUGGUUUCACAUACGCAUGGAGUCUGGAGCGCCGAGCCUCGACGUAAGCCGUCCAAACGCUACGGGCACCUUCUCCCGUCGCCUAAAGCCGGGCUCACGGAGAUGAUGCUCCACCAUAAAGAAGAAGUGUGCAAGUGGAUCGAGGAACGAGUUGAUGUGCGAGAUAGCGAUGAGUCGGAUGGAGAGCCACAGCAGCAGCAGAGCAACAGCAGCUAG